GUUGUUGGUUGAUAACAUGACUAUUUUUACCACAAACUAUUGAAAAUGUGACUGUUGCAUCGAUCAGGCCACACACACAGAAAUCAAUCGUCAGGUGGCUUCAUGCACCCGUAACUACUCCUCUCAACAAACACUCAGAUCGCGUCGCUUGCGGUGGUACGGUUCAUCGGCUCGAAAAUCAUCCUUGUAUGAGAAGGUGCUCCAUCAUAUCUGGAUAUGAUGGUUGUUCUCCUUUUUCUCUGGUGUUGCCUUGGUGAUGGCGGAGGGCGAUGGUGCGCAAAGAUUCCGCGAGGCACACCAUGACCAGGCCCUGCGAUCACGCCAUGUCCCCCCCAAUGCAUGGCAUGGUGGCGGACUAGCAAUGCUCCACAUCUGCAGUCCUGCUGUUGUGACUCUUCUUGCGCCAAUGGUCGGGCUCUGACUUCAAGUUGUCGACGUCAAGAAUGCGGGACUACGGUCUCGUGCAGCUGCUCGCCUACCUGAGCAGGAACUGUUCCUAGUUGCUUUGGACGAAAAGAUUUAUUUUUGUAAAUAAACGAAUCAAUUGAUGCAUUGAACAUUUACCUUAAACUGAAUUGAAAUACCUCCGUUUCAAAAUAUAAGGUGCAUUAGUUUUUUCAAAUGUGCAUGUUUGACCAAAAAAUUUAGAAAAAAAUAUCAAUAUCUACGGUACAAAAUUUCUAUCGUUAGGUCCAUCAUGAAAAGUAUUUCUAGAUUUAUUUAUUUUAUAUUGUAGAUGUUGAUAUUUUAUUCUAUAAUCUUGGUCAAACAUACACAAGUUUGACUUGCACGAAAAUAGGUACACCUUAUAUUCCGAAACGAAUGGAGUAGAGUUGUGUAUGUAUUGAUUGUGAUUGAACUCGAAUUGAUGCAUCAUGUCAUCCCCGUGUUGUUAUUUGGUAAUCUUGUGUAUCCUCAUAUUGUCAUUUGUAGUAUUUGUCAUAUUGUUAAAUCGUAAAGUGUUGAGUUCAUAUUUGAUGUUUUUACGUGGGGUAGUUUGGGGGAAUUUACAAGCAUUAAAAAAUCUAUGUUGCCUAAAAAAAAUUGACCAUGGGUUAGCUCUAAUCCUGGCUCUAUAGGUGACUAUGCACUUGGGUGUUUUUUUGGUGUUUGUCAUGUUGUUGCCUCGGCGAGAUGUAUUGCCCUGGGCUGGUUCUCGGUUCGGUUUUCCUCGUAAACUGGAUCAUGAUUUUUGAUCCGGUUUCUCACAUAAACUGGUCAAUUUCUUUUUAACAGAGAUCAAUAAACAGGUGGGGAUUCCUCCUCCCAUCCCAGUGGAGAAAAGACUAGUCAUUGCUAAUUGCCCUGCACUGCACCACAGAGUGAGGACGCAGCUUCGGCUGCUCCCUCUGCCCCUCACAAACAAGAAAAACUAAACAGUGCACGUAUGGGGUUGGUGCCUUGGCAGACAUGAUGAUCCAUACUUUUAAGAGAGGAUAGAAGAUAAGAUGCGUUUAAAAGAGAGGCACCUUUGCAUGCAUCCACAAGGAGAAGGCUGUACAGACAGACGACAUAUGUACCCCGGUAGGUACUACUCAUUCAUUCACAGGGAAACGAAAGGAAGAGGCAGGCACCUGCAAAGCUGCAUGCGGCCAAGUGCUCUGUGGUUCCUCCUGCCAGAUUAGUACUCCCUCCGAUCCAAAAUAAGUGUCGCUGUUUUGAACUAACCUUAGUUUCCCCCGCAAAAAAAAAGAACUAACCUUAGUUUAAUAAUGCGGCACUUAUUAUGAAUUUGAGGGAGUAGUAUAUAGUAACACUCUUACAAACUAUACUCACUGAAGCAUAUGUCCGUCGUCCAUGUGUCAGGGUAAGUGUUUUUCUUAAUUUGGCAACAGAAAAGGGAAGAAAGGAAAGAUCUUGAGUGCUGCUGGCAAUAUAUGGCACCACUUUGGUCGAUCUCAUCUAACAAAUAAAAAGGCCAGCUAAUACAUGAGCCGAGGAGCUUAGUCUCACCAUUAUAUUAGUGGUAGGUAGGUAGACUCCAUCCCCGAUUUUUCUAACCACCUAGAGGCAGGGAGAAUUGUCCCUCAUCUUUUGAAGGAAAUCAAAUCAUAAGAUUACUCGCUAGUUGAGCUCCGUGCAGCAGUAGAAAAGGUGUGCAGCGCACGGGCAACGCGAGGAGGACCGGACCACCUGCAGCCUCAUCAUGGCAUGCUGCAUCUUCUCUCUUGACACAAAAGGUAUUGCUGCAAACGACAACCUAGUCUUAUCACCACCUGAUUCUCCUCCUCAUCUUAUAGUCAUAGUGUCUUCAUAGGGCAAAGUAACGUACACGUGGUAUCAUCGAUAGAUAGAUAGAUGGUUUUAUUUAUUAUUAGGUUGUACAUUCAUUUUACCUUGGGCUGCGUUAUGUUAUACGGUAACACAUACUCCCUCCGUUCAAAAAUUUAGUGUGUCCGCAUUUCCUAAGAUUUAACUUUGACUAUAAAUUUAACCAACAAGACCUACUGCGGAGGGAGCAAAAAUUAUAUAAUUGAAAAGUUCUUUUGAAUACGAAUUCAUUGGUAUAAAUUUUGCUCCCGUCGUACUUGGUCUCAUUGGUUAAAUUAAUGGUCAAAGUUGAAGCACGAGAACCGAGGACACGCUAUAUUUUGAAACGGAAUGAAUAGUAUGUUACCACAAACACCUCUAUCUUCAUUAAUUUUCUGGAGCAAUGCUACACAGCCGAUGAUUUUGCGGACGAUGCAUGGACGACACAGGCUAAAAAUCAUUGGAUUGAAUCCCUCCAUGCAUAAAAGGUCGUGUGUGCAGCUAUUCCGAAUUUUCUGUCACAUAAGCAAACUUGUCUUAGGGUAUGUUAUGUUACUCCCACCCACUAUGACUAGCCUCAUAGCUCAUUAGCAGAAAAGAGGAGGCACUCGUAGCAGUAUAACAAGGUUGACCGGAGCACAGGAGGACAGGCACCUCCAGACACAAGAAGAAGGUAGAGUAGAGCCUUCGGGACGGGACCCAUGCAUGUCACCUUCUCUAAGGCUGGUCAUAGUGGGGAGUAACUUAUACUAGUGACAUUAGUCUAAGUUACUACCUUCAUAGUGUAAAGUAACAUAGUAGUAAUGUCAUAGAGGACUUCAUUAAUUAGCUUGUAGACUCAUCUUGUCUUAGGAAGCGCUAUGUUACAAUAACAUAUUAUGUUAUCACUUCUCAUUAACUACAUACCACAUAAGCAAAACUUUCUUAAAGUGCGCUAUGUUACUUGCUAAGUUACUCCCACUAUGACUAGCCUAACAACCUCCCUCCCAGAUGCAUGCAUGCAUGACGGAUUAACAAAUGCAGCAACCAACGGGGUAGAGGAGGGAGAGACAAGGCAGAAAAGAUUACCUGGGGCUCACUUGUCCCCCUCCUGUCCCCUCGAUCGCGCAUGCAUCGCCAUCACCGUACCAUACAUUGCAGCUGACCCUGUGAUCUGCUCCUCCCUCUCCCUCCUCCCAUAUAACCCUGGCUAGCCUACGCCUGGUGCCCAACAAGGACACUCACACUCUGCUGCUUGGUUGCCAUUCACCAUGGAGAUGGAGAGAGUUUGCAAGAGACGGCCGGGCAUGCCUCCUGCUCUCCUUCUCGCCCUUCACGGCAUGGAUGAGCAGAUGCCUACGUCAUCGACUGCAGCGGCCGUGCCUCCGCCGCAGACCCCCGUUGAGCCCAUGGAAUACCUGUCCAGGUCCUGGAGCGUCUCCGCCGAGGAGAUAUCCAAGGCCCUGCGGCUCAAAGGGGCCACCAAGCGGAGCUUCCUCGCCCCCGUCGACACUCUUCUUCCACCACGCACGGCCACCAUACCGGAUACGGAGACGUCCUCCUACGAGCUCGUCGCCUCCCCUGCCGCUUCCGGUCACCAGCUCCAGCGCCAACAACAUCUACAUGCAACAGGGAGGAGCUCCAUCAGCUGCCACCGCCACUCCAACUCAGUGACCAGAUGGUACUUCCAAUACAAGGAGACCGCCAAGCACGGCAGAAAGGAAAAGGCGCGAGCCGACAGGGCCCAGGCGCACGCCAUGGUCUCCGUGGCCCAGGUGUCCGUCGCGGUGGCCGCCGUCACCGCGGCCACCAGCUUUGACAACCAAGACUCCAAGAUAGCUGCAGCCAUGGCUUCCGCCACCAAGCUGCUGGCUUCGCACUGCGCUGAGGCGGCCCAGCUUGCAGGGGCUGGUCAUGAGCAGGUGUCCUCUGCAGUCCGGUCUGCGGUCGAUGUCGCGGGCCCAGGUGAUCUGAUGACGCUCACAGCGGCCGCAGCGACAGCUUUGAGAGGAGCUGCGACGCUGAAGAAGAGGGUCCAGCGCGAGGCCAGAAGCAAUGCAAGCGUCAUUCCUUAUGAGAAGGCCCCUCUGUCCUGGAGUCCUGAUAUCUGGUGCAAGGAAGGCAAGCUGCUAAAACGAACAAGAAAAGGGGAUUUACACAAGAGACGGGUAUCAAUCUACAUCAACAAGAGGUCACAGGUCAUAUUGAAGCUGAAGAGCAAACACAUUGGAGGCGCACUAUCAAAAAACAAUAAAAGUGUGGUUUAUGGGGUAUACAGUGAGCUCCCAGACUGGACCGAGCCUGGGAAAGGCUUACCAGAGACAUGCUGCUUUGGCUUGAGUACAGCACAGGGCCUGGUUGAGUUCAAGUGUGAGAGCCGCACCAGUAAACAGAGCUGGGUUCAUGGCGUGCAAAAUCUGCUCCAGCAGGUUGAUGUAGCUGACCAAGUAGGGCACAGGCUAGAAACACUAAAACUCAACUGGUGCAAAGUCGUUGCCUACCGCGCUGGUGCCCAGCAAGGACAUUCACACUCUGCUGCUGCUUGGUCGCCCUUGGCCAUGGACAUGGACAGAGUUUGCAAGAGACGGCUGGGCAUGCCUCCUGCUCUUCUUCUCGCCCGUCACGGCAUGGAUGACCAGAUGCCUGCGUCGUCAGCGGCGGUGCCUCCACCGCAAACCCCCAUGGAGCCCAUGGAGUACCUGUCCAGGUCCUGGAGCGUGUCCGCCAACGAGAUAUCCAAGGCCCUGCUGCUCAAAGGGAGCAGCAAGCGGAGCUUUUUCGCCCCCGUUGACAGUCUUCUUCUGCCACGCACGUCCGCCUUGCACGACACGGAGACCUCCUCCUACAAGCUCCUCGCCACCCCCGCCGCCUCCAAGUUUGUAACUAUUUCUGCUCUGCAGCUAGAUGCAACAAGGAGCUCCAUCAGCUGUCGCCGCCAUUCCAACUCGGUAACCAGGUGGUAUUUCCAACACAAGGAGGCUGCAGGCCACAGGGGAAGAGACAAGGCACGCGCCGACCGAGCCCAGGCGCACGCGAUGGUCUCCAUGGCCCAGGUGUCCGCCGCGGUAGCAGCCGUCACUGCAGCCACCAGCUGUGACAGCCAGGACUCCAAGAUAGCUGCAGCCAUGGAGUCUGCCACCAAGCUUCUGGCUUCACACUGCGCCGAGGCAGCCCAACUUGCAGGGGCUGGUCAUGAGCAGGUGUCCUCUACUGUCCAGUCUGCAGUUGGUGUCACCGGUCUGGGUGAUCUGAUGACGCUCACAGCGGCCGCAGCGACAGCUUUGAGAGGAGCUGCGGCGCUGAAGAAGAGGAUCCAGCGCGAGGCGAGAAGCAAUGCCAGAGUCAUUCCUUAUGACAAGGCCCCUUCCUGGAGUCCUGAUAUCUGGUGCAAGGAAGGCAAGCUGCUAAAACGCACAAGAAAAGGGGAUUUACACAAGAGACGGCUAUCAGUCUACAUUAACAAGAGAUCACAGGUCAUAUUGAAGCUGAAGAGCAAACACAUUGGAGGUGCGCUAUCAAAAAACAAUAAAAGUGUGGUUUAUGGGGUAUACAGUGAGCUCCCAGAGUGGACCGAGCCAGGGAAAGGCUUACCAGAGACAUGCUGCUUUGGCUUGAGUACAGCACAGGGCCUGAUUGAGUUCAAGUGUGAGAGCAGCACCAGUAAACAGAGCUGGGUUCAUGGUGUGCAAAAUCUGCUCCAGCAGGUUGAUGUAGCUGACCAAGUAGGGCACAGGCUAGAAACACUAAAACUCAACUGGUGCAGUUAG